AUGUCAGCACCUUUGGUUCGAGGUGGGUUUCGUGGCUGCCUGGCUGCACUUCGGAUCAACGAGCGCUUAAUAGAUGUGAUCGAAGACUGCGACCUCAAGAAAGAUGUCGUGAAAGGCUGUGCAGGACCGCUUGCCCGAUGUUCACCAGCUGCUUGUUCGAAUCACGGUCGCUGUAUUCAGCAGUGGAAUUCCAUCCGAUGUGACUGCACGUUGACAGCGCAUGCUGGUGACCGAUGUCAGGAACCUGCCACGACAGCCUCGUUCUCGGCUCCGUCGACGCUAUUCUUCGAAUAUCCGCUGAAUGACCGUCCGUCUACUUCGCGAGACUAUAUGCUAUUCGCCUUCCGUACCACUCGCCCGUCUGGGGUACUGCUGUCAGUAGACUGUGCUGUGGAUCAGGAUUACUUUACAGUGUACCUGGACGAAGGAUUUCUGCAAGUGAAGUACAAUCUCGGCAGUCGGGAGCACCAUUUCGGACAUUUUGUCCAAAAGGUCAACGACGGAAGAAAGCACACGAUCCGAAUUCACCGAAAUGAAGCCCAACGUUACGCUGCAGAUCGACGGACGGCCGGCUAUUCGAUAUCGACCAAAGGGUUCGUAAGCUGG